UUUGAUUUAUACUUGCAGGGAAAGUCUAUUGAAACCACUCAGAAAACUGUAAUCCAGAAACAUGGCAUGCAAAGCCUGGGUAAAGUGGCGUCUGUACGGCGCGUGCCUCCUCCUGCUAACUUGCCAAGCCUGAAGGCAGAGAAUAGUGGUAACGAUCCUAACGUGAAUUUGGUACCAGCUGGUGGUCUAGGAUGGGGCAGCAAGGCGGAGGAGAUGACCCCAGAUGGGUCUUCCACACCUCAGGAGGUGACUCCAACACCAACACCACCACUCGAUCUCACUCAAAAGGCACCCGGGGCAGGGGCACCUACGAGUGUGGAUGUGGUCAACCAAGUAUCGACCAACAACAACCUAGGAAGCAGCACAAGCUCAACUCCAAAUUCUCAACCUCCCAUAAUUGGUGGUGGAGGUCCAGCACUGGAUGGUGGGAACAAUGGAGUCAACCUCAACCCCACCAUUAUUACCAACAGCACUACCACCACACCUCCCAACAACAACAUCAACGGAAAUUCCAUCACAAACAACAAAAACAAAAAUAUCAACAACAACCCCAAUGUAAGCAGUAUAUCUAUUACUUCCACAACCAGUACUGCCACCACAAGCACCAGCACUUCAGUCGGCAACCUCAGCAGCAACUCUUCGAGCAACAAAGCCACCAGUGGCACCACCACCAUCACCACUACUCCCAACAUCAUAAAUCACCUCACCACAAACAGCACCACAACCACCACACCCACCAGCAACAUAAGCAAUGGGAACAACAAUCUAAGCAACAGCAACAAACCGUGGAGCAGUGCAGCAGCAGGUGGAGCAAUUCCUGGUGGUUCCCCCGGGGCACCACUCCCACUGGAUGGUGGGCCCCUACAGUCCUCCUCAGUCCAACAGUCGCCGUUUUUUCAUCGGGAGUUCCCCAAACUUGGUGGUGGCAACUCGCUAGCAGAGUCUUCGCAACAGUAUGGGCCUGGGCCCAGCUUAAGGCCUCAAACGGAGGGCAGCUGGAUCCAGGGUGGGGGUCGUGGAGUGGCGCAGCUGCCGCAGGAUGAUCGCUUGCCCAGUCCACAGACUACAAGUACAUUUAAUGGAGAGGUGCUUCCCCCAAAUCGCUCUGGGGGAAUGGGACCAAGAGGAACCCCACCUGGUGGGCCUCCAAUGGUGCCAGGAGGUCCCAUCGGUCCCAUGGGACCAGUUGCAACCCAUGGACCCCAGUCCCAUCAGUUCAGGGGAGUCACACCCCCAUAUAUGGUGCGUGGUAACUUCCCAGGAGGUUUUCCACCAAAUUAUCCUGGUCAUCAGCGUCCCCCUUAUGUGCGUGACCAGAGGUACAGAGGAAGUGGAGGUCCUCCUGGUUCUACUGAUGAGGAUAUUGUUCUGCCACCUCCUAUUAUUAAGAAAGAGGCACUGGAGGGAUUUGAGGAUGAUCCUUGUGUGGCUGAGGGCUGGGCAACUACUGCUGGAGAAGUAGAUUAUAACCAAAAACUGAACUUCAGUGAAGAUGAAGGAACUGCAGAAGAGGAGAGCAGCAAGCAGCACAAUUUAGACUGGAAGACUGAUAGGCGUGAACGGUGUGAAAAGGAAAGAAUACGUGACGUUAGAGAUAGUGAUGAACGGCGCGAUGAACAUCUUGUAUCACGAGAACGAGAACAGGAGAGAGACUCAGGAUUAAGAGACAGGGCUCACCAGGGUCCUCGUGGUCGUGAGAGUAAACGAGAAACUGUGGAGGACCGCCGGGCUCCUGAUAAUUGCCGAUAUUCGCCUGGUGAAUCGGGCAGAUGGCAGCAACAAAGAAAUUAUGAUUAUCAAAGAGGUCCAUCUAGGGACUUCAGUAGUCUUCAAGGGUCUGGACUAAGGGGUGGUCCUUCACAACUCAGUUCUUCACAUACCUCAUCUCUCACACCAUCUCUUAAUUCUUCACAUAAUCCUGGACACACACCUUCACAUCCUUCUCCUCUAAAUCCUGUCCAUCCUCCUACGCACACUACCUCACUUCCUGUACAUGCACCCUCACAUUCCCCAGCACCACAUCCCCGUGAAGAGGAAGAUAUGUGGCGUGAAAAGCGUGCUACAGGGGAUGAGGUACAGGUUGCUCUUGAACGAGCACGGCAACGCCAUGAGGAGGAGGAGAAACGUUACGAAGAGAAAAAAAGAUAUGAGCAAACCAAGAGUGUUGGAAAGAAACAUAAGGACCCAUGGGACACUCGUGGUGAUUUUGUUGAUGAAAGAGAAAGGGAAGAGACUGAUUCUGUUCCUGGUUGCUCACGAGGCAAUAGUGAAACUAGGGAUGAGAAAUCCCAAAGUCGUGAUGGUGGACGUGAUUAUCGGCAGUAUCAAGAUAGACGAGAGACUUAUAGGGACAGUUAUCGGGAUCACUCAAGGGACCAGUUUGAACGUCCAUACGACAGACGAGAUGGCCCAAGAGACCAACAGCCUGUAUUCUCCUCGCAGUUCAAGAGUAAGUUACCUCCCAGGUUCCAAAAGCAGCAGCAGCAGCAAGAAAUGAUGCGUGGAGGGCAGCCCUUUCGUGGACCUAAUGCCCAGCCACCACCAUCAUUUGAACCUCGCUUUGGUACAUCUGGAAGUUUUAGUGGAGCACCUGCUAAUCGCUUUAUGGGACGUGAAAGUGAGGUUGUGAAAGAGAGACGCAUGAGAACUGACAGUGAUACCUCUGGUGAAAUUGACGAUCGUCCUGCCAGUGUACCUUCAGCUGAACGUCACCGGGAUGACAGGGAAGACCGGAUUGAACGUUCAGACCAGAGGGAAUAUCGGUAUGAUCGUUCUGAAAGAGUUGAGCGACCCGAUAGAGGAGAGCGGACAGAGCGAAUAGAUCGCCCAGAUAGGGUUGAGAAGCCAGAACGCCCAGAAAGGGUUGAUUCACGAGGGCGCGAAGACUUUUAUGACAGAUCAGAUAGAGAUGGGUAAGUUUUUUUAUUUACU